AGGUAGGACCAAAUGCUCUGUAUUUACAAUUCAAUUCCGGACUGAUGAAAGGCUCCCUGAUAUCCCUAUCAAUCUUCCAGCUCCUCAUAAAAAUCUGUAAAAUUUCCAACCUCUUCUUUCCCUUCCACUUGUUAAUUUCAAUCCCCGACAAUUGCAGGAGCACCACUACACUAAUAAGCCGAAAAACAAGAUUUUCUUGGCCCAAAUUUAAAAGCCUUUCAUUGUCUCUAACUUAUUCCCUCUUCUUCCAUUGGAACCACAUGAACCCACGUUAAAUUUAGGUAUUAGGAGCCAACAAACAUACCCUCUUCUCUGUUUCUCUGCAAUGGCUAAUCAUUGUUAUCAUAACCUUUUGGGAGCAAUGGAUCUACUUUGGUUUCACCAUAUCAUUCUUUUCUCAGAACCAAUAACAAUACUUAGCCUCAAAACCACCAAACCCAUCUCAGAGACUCCUGUGAGCUCACUUUCAAGUCAAAACCUCCCUUCUUCAACUCCUUCAGAGAACGAAAUCUCAUCUGCCUCAUCUGCAAGUACUACUCAGGAUGACUUGUACAACAAAGAAGAGGAAUCAAGACCCACAAGGUUGAAAAUUGCAACAACCAAAAUCCGGGCUCAAUCAUCUUCUCCUUUGGUGAAGAAAAUCCCAAAUCGUCACAGAUAUUCAGGUAGUGCUGAUGGUGAGGGAAGAAGAUUAAGAAGGACGAAGAGCUGCAAAAGCUUAUGGGAACUAGAAUACGAAGAGCUAAAAGGGUUCAAUGAUCUGGGCUUCGAGUUUAAGAAAGAACUCGUAACACCACGAAUGAUGAGCGUCAUCCCUGGACUUCAGAGACUCGAAGAAUACCAAUUCGCCGACGAAGCGCCCAAAGAAGAUGAAUUUGAAGUAGACAGAAAGGAGGAGAAAAGAGGAGUAAUGAGGCCGUAUCUGUCAGAGGCUUGGCUGAUAAAGAGACCCGAUUCGCCACUCCUCAAUCUCAAGAUCCCUCGAGCUUCUGCCGCUGCCGAUAUGAAGAAGCAUCUCCGGUUCUGGGCCAGAACUGUGGCGGCUGUGAUUCAACAAGAAUCUUGAAUAUUUUUAAUUAAUUUUUGAAGAAACAAAAGAAUUUACACGUCA